UAAAGACGGCUUAUGCGCUUAUCCGGUGUGGGCUCCGACAUCACUCCACAAGAGGACGAUGUGGAGGUCAUUCUUUCCGCUGUCAAACAUUUACUUUGCGCUAAAUCAGUUCUUAAAAGCAGGAAUGCAAAUCCGGUGGGGAUUAAGCCGCGAACUCCACACUCAUCACAGCGCGAGGUUGUAAAGGCGACCAGCGUGUCUGAAGGCGGUCUGAAGUCAGAGCGCAACAACCGAGCCAAGACGCCAGAUCUCUACCGCUCGUGCUCUCUGGCAGUCAACAGACCUUCAUUUGAGCUUCACGUGUUUGACUUAUUUUCACAGUUUUAAACCCAAUUUAAACAGGUGGAGCUUGGUUAUUUGGGAAAUUGAUUGUUUUUAAACUCAGUUUUUUUAGACAGAUCUUGAUGUACUGUCCAGAGAUUUGGAACAAAUGUGAGCAGAUAUCCUACGCUGGACGAAGGACAUGGGUCAACUAUACUGCUCGGCACUUUUCCCAUUUGUCGUUUUCUGUGUUGUUUUUCCUCAAGAUUGCAGCCUCACGUCUUUUACGACAAGCACCACAGCCGACACCUCGAGUAAAGAGUGUCCCGAGAACAAGAUACUGACAGUGGAGUACCCCUGCACCCGGUCCGGGGGCCAGGACAGCACCUGUCUCAGGAGGAAAUGCUGUGAGGGCUUUCGGUUCGUGAUGGGCCAGUGCAUACCUGAAAGCGUGGAUGUGUGUGCUGGCUCUCCCUGUGAACAGCAGUGCACUGAUAACUUUGGCAGGGUGGUCUGCACCUGUUACCCUGGUUACCGCUACGACAGGGAAAGACACCGAAACCACCAGCAACCCUACUGUCUGGACAUAGAUGAGUGUGAAGAGUCGAACGGUACAGUGUGUGACCACGUGUGUGAGAACACUGCCGGAAGCUUCCUCUGUCGCUGCCUCAGUGGCUACAUCCUGGCACCAGACCACUACUCCUGCAUGCCCACAAACAACCUGAGUUCCCCUGGUAAGGUGGAUCCUCUGAUGAGUUCCGGCUCCUGCUCUCUCACCUGUCAGGACAUCAUCAGCAUGCGGAACAGCCUCCAGCAGCUCAAACUCAGACUGCCCACACACUCACCUGGACAGGCCCUCUCUCCAGGGUUGGCCAACAGCAGUGAUAAACCCCCUAUGGCGGGGCGCUUAGGCAAAGGGCAGGACCUCCUCCCCUCACCUGGCUUAACUGGACCGCCCGGCCUCACAGGAGAGCCAGGGGAGAGAGGGGAGCCGGGGGCGAGGGGACCCCCUGGUGCACCGGGGCAGCGGGGAGACAUGGGGCCCAUGGGACCAGAGCCCGACCUGGAGCACGUCAAGAGGGGCCGCAGGGGGGCCGUGGGACCUUCUGGAGCACCAGGGAGAGACGGACUUAAGGGAGACCGUGGAGUGCCGGGCCCAAGAGGACCACCGGGUCCACCGGGGUCCUUUGACUUCCUGCUGCUGAUGAUGGCCGACAUCCGCAACGACAUCAUCGAGCUGCAGGAGCACGUGUUCGGGAAGAGGCGUGACCUCUCGCUUGAUGCCCCGCCCCAUUCCAGUGGAGAGGCGGGGCUUGGGGACUGGGGUUCAGGACAAGGGGAGCUCAUAUUUAACACCUGACCACCACUGGCUCGCCGCCGCCUGUUGGACAGCGACCCUGCCACUCAAAAAGUCAAAGAGGGAAACUGACUGACUUGAGUUCUGCGCCCCUUGCAAUGCUUUGCCUUUUAGACCCCAAAUGCCAAUAGUUUCAGUGCCCUCGAGCUGCGGAAGAGGCCCUGUAAUAGACUCCAGACUGAUAAACGGAGAGAAAGAAAGAGAGAGAGAGAGGGAAAGAGAGAGAUAGAGAGAGAGAUACAGGCCUGAGGAUGGGUGAAGAAGAAGAGAUGAAGAGAUGAAGAGAAGAAGAAGAAGAGAUGUGUAUGCUGCUGUUACUCUUUGCUGCCACUGUUUCUGCCCCUAACUGAUGACCCAGUGUGAGUGUGUGUGAGUGUGUGGGGGGAGAAGUAGGCUGUGUGUGACGGUCCUCUACUGCUAAAAGACUUGGGAGAUGAGGACUAUCUGACUGACAUACCUGGUCAUCUUCAGAUUAUAUCUCCAUGUGUCAAUCAACAAGGAUCUCAUAAAAUAAUCUAUGGGGGUAUACAAAUACUACAAAACAAUAACCAGACGUAUAUACCUGGGGGGGAAAGUGCAUAAAAGUCUUCUUCAUGAAAAA